UUGGGGGGACGUAUCCAGCAAGUCCUGAAACUAGCCUUUCUUGGCUCUGAGACAGACCCUCUGGCUUCAUUCUGUGCGACUCGAAGAGCGUACAAGACUGGCAGAUGGGAUCCCACUGCCCGCUCCGUGUCCUCGUGCACUUGGACAUGCCAACUCCAUGCAGGCAUAUGCCUCGCAGCCACCGGCGACUUUCUCGGUUCUUUUUCGUUGCUAGAUUUAUUCGUGCCGCUCUCCGUACGCUGCAUAACAGGGGAUACUGCUGAGGCUGGGAACACACAGGAUGGAUGUAGUAAAGAUGCGCCGGCUUGCGGGCGCGCCCAAAGAAAAUGCUGCAGGCCUAUUCGUAGUUAUAGCGCCGUCCUUUCACUGCAGGUGGUGGCAAAACCAAAGAGAGCUAUACUCACCAAGCAAAGGGUGCCUUACAACAAGACUACACCUGACCCUACCUUGACAAAGAAUCCUAGUUGA